AUGAAGGGCACAAGCAGAACAGGACCACAUCAGCCCUCAACUGUGUGGAUGUGUGAAGAAGGGUGUAACGAUAGAGUUAUCUACUCUUCUGGGAGAGAACCCUGGUUCAAUCUGAACUCAACAUGGUAUGGCCCAGCUGGAUCCUGGUUGGACAACCGCCGCAAACCAUUUCGCUAUGUUGUAAACACAGCCUGUGUCACCGGUUGCAACCGCAGGGAUGAUGUACCGAGAAGAGGAGGCCACAAUUACCGAUGCUACGGCUAUCGGCGCUCCACCUGUAGACAAGGGGGAAACCCAAGAGUGACCUGCUGCGUCCACAAUCCUUCGGGAGGACCCCGUGAUUACUGGGGGCGUCCAAUAGGCGAUUCGUGUGAUGGAAAUACAGGGGGGCACUAUUCUAAUGAAGAGUCGUUCUGCUGUGGAUCUGGUGGUGGAUGCGGAGGUGGAUCUGCUGGUGGAUGUGGAGGUGGGCAAGGAGGGGCUUGUGCCCAGCCAGUUGCUUCAUCAGGAGGAUGUGGAGGAGGACGAGGAGUGUGCUCUGAGCCUGGAUGUGGAAGAGGACGAGCAGUAUGCGCAGAACCUGGAUGUGGCAGAUCUUCAAGAGGGCUGCAAACCUCUGGGGGAGCAGGGUGUGCUGGGUCUUCAGGAGGAUGUGGAGGAGGACGAGGAGUGUGUUCUGAGCCUGGAUGUGGAAGAGGAAGAGGAGUAUGUUUUGAGCCGGGAUGCGGAGGAGGAAGAGGAGUAUGUUCUGAGCCGGGAUGCCGCUCAUAG